UCAACACUUUGAAAAGAACGAUUAACCGAUCCUACUGACCUAUUGUACAAUUCCACUGUGAUCAAUUGACCAGUGAAUCUCUUGAUUUUGCUAGAACAGAAAUUUUAUCUAUUCUGUGAUUUGGACGUUAUUUCAAAAUAUUUAGAUUAUUAAAGCCCUAAGGCCUUAAUCCCUAUACAAAUUGACAUCGAAAUGAAUAAGUUUUUAGCAGUAACACGACACAAACUAGAUAAUGAAUCAGUUGAAACAAACACAUCUGAAAAUCAAAGUCAAGUUGAAAAAAAAAUUGAAAAAUUAUUUGAAUUAUUUUGUUCCAAAGCAAAAUGUGAUCCUGAAGCUCCAGUUUUAUACAAACAAAAUCACAUAAAUUAUAUAAAAAAUCAUAUGUUUACACUACCAGAAAACUAUGAAUGUCUGGAUUCCAGCCGACCAUGGCUAUGCUAUUGGUUAUGUCAAUCACUCGCACUCUUAAAUUGCAAAUUGUCAAUUUCAGAGAAAUCUGAUGUUGUCUCAUUCUUAUCAAAGUGUCAACAUGAGUCUGGAGGGUUUUGUGGUGGACCAAAUCAAAUGCCACACUUAGCUCCUACAUAUGCUGCUGUCUGUGCUUUGUGUUUAAUUGGUACAGAAGAAGCAUAUGCCGUGAUCAAUCGAGAGAAUUUAUAUAAGUUUUUGAUAUCUCUUCGUUUGCCUAAUGGUUCAUUCAGAAUGCAUAAAUAUGGUGAAUGUGAUGUUCGUGCUGUGUAUUGUUCAGCAACUGUAGCACGCUUAACCAACAUAUAUACAGAUAGUUUGUUUGAAUCAAGUGCUCAAUGGGUGAUCAGAUGUCAGACAUAUGAAGGAGGCUUUGGUGGGGUGCCUGGAGUGGAAGCUCAUGGUGGAUAUACAUUUUGUGGAUUUUCAGCUUUAUUGUUACUUAAAUCUAUUCAUAUGUGUGACACAAAAUCACUUCUUCGAUGGGUAGCUAAUAAACAGAUGUCAUAUGAAGGUGGUUUCCAAGGGCGAACAAAUAAGCUUGUGGAUGGUUGCUAUUCUUUUUGGCAAGCUGCUAUUUUUCCAGUAAUAUCAGAACUUUUAGAAUCUGAAAAUCAACGACCAAUGUGGUCAAUGUAUGAUUAUCAAGCUCUCCAAGAAUAUGUGCUUAUAUGUUGCCAAAAUAGAUAUAGUGGUGGCCUUAUUGAUAAGCCUGGAAAACCACCUGAUGUAUACCAUACUUGUUAUGUUCUUAGUGGCCUAUCUAUUGCUCAACAUGCAGUUGAAAACAGUAGUUGUGUUAUAGGUAAACCGGAAAACAUUUUGAACAAAAAUAAUCCUAUUUAUAACAUUGAAGAAUCUUGUCUACAAAAAGCUCUAAAAUAUUUUAGUAUGACAGAACCAAUAAAAUACUUUUAACUAUGAUUAUAAUAUAUUGUAAACAAUUGAUUCAAAUUAAAUCUUGAGGAACCUGUUUUGUGAAGUUCAAAUUAAGACUAGUUGUAACAUAUUUAUGUUUAUAUAUUACAAACUCCGAGCAAACAUACAUUAGUUAUUUAAUUAAAUUUAAAAGUACUAAAUUUUUGUUGACAAAUGUUAAUAAACUGAUAAAAUCAAAAAAAAAUUAUUGUAAUUAAAAAUAUUUCAUUGUGAAUCAAU